AUCAUCAUCAUCAUCAUCAUCAUCAGGAUGACAGAACCUGCCUCUAAUGUGGCAUCUUGCAGUGGAACCUCCAUGGAGAAGUCGUCGUCUCCGCCUUCUGAAAUAGCAAUUGGAAUUGACAUUGGUACAUCACCAUGCUGUGUUUCUGUGUGGAAUGGUUCCCAUGUGCUGGUUUGGGAUAUAAAUGAGAUGAUGGAGAGAUUAUGCAUAAAUUCCAAUGAUCAUGGCUUUUCUACUGAAGCCGCACUCCCCGAUGAGAAUGUGGAUACAAUGUCCAACAUGAAAUCCUUUUUUAGCAUGAUUUUCGGUGAAGGUACUAAUUUCCCAUUUCUGAUGCACACCGUGGACAUUAAGGUUCGCCCUUUUGUGGCUCCAUUUGUGAAAAAACUAUGGAAAUCCACCACUGCAGUAGAAAUCCUUGGAAAAUUUAUGAUGGAACUAAAAUCAUUGGUUGAAACUCGUCUGAAAGGACCUAUAAGCAAUGUAGUGUUUACAGUUCCAGUUUCAUUCAGUCAAUUGCAGAUAAACCGGAUUCAUCGCGCUUGUGCAAUGGCGGAUCUUAAAGUUACCAAACUGAUGCCUCAACCAACAGCAGUGGCUUUGUGGUAUGUGUAUCACCAAGUGCAGCCUUUGGCUUCUUCUCAUCAGGAUAUGGACAAUGAAAGCGAGAAAGUUGCUCUUAUUUUCAAUAUGGAUGCAGGUUAUUGUGAUGUUGCUGUUAUUGCGACAGAAAAAAGAAAAAUCCGAAUAAAAGCCUUGACAGGAAGUACUAUUGGUGGAGAAGAUUUGCUUGGAAAUAUGAUGUUUUAUCACUUUCAUGAUUCUGAAAAUAUCUUCACGAGAGAUGUUCGCUCAGAAACAGAUAUUAUAUCGAUGGCUUCUCUUCGAUGUGGAAUGCAGGACUUGAUUACUGAUCUUUCGUCUGAAGAAAGUGUUAGGGUUGAUCUAAAUUCAGUAGAUGGCAUGGAGAUACAUAGGUAUGUAACGCGGAAAGAGUUUGAGGAUGUAAACAAAGAGGUGUUUGAGAAGUGUGAAAGUCUAAUCAUCAAAUGCAUGAAAGAUGCAAAGAUAAAAGCUGAGAAUAUAAAUGAUGUGAUAAUUGUAGGUGGUUGUUGUAAUAUACCAAAGGUGCAGAAUCUUGUUAAAGAAAUAUGCAAAGUAAGCGAACUUUAUACAGGUAUCGAUCCUUUACAUGCUGUACUAUCUGGUGCAGCAUUUGCAGGAGCUCCUAAACAUCCAUCUGAUAGCUUGGACUUGUUUACUUCUCAAUUCACACUUUUUACCGUCAGAGUUCAAUCUGGCAGCCAUGGAUUUGUACCUAUUAUUCCGAGGAACACAUCGGUGCCAACAUGGAGGGACAUAGUUUUCAGAACUAUUCAAGAUAAUCAAACUCAGGCAUUGAUUCUUGUCUACGAAGGUGACGAUAUUUUGGGACAUAUCGUAGCGCAUGGAAUACCUGAAGCACCAAGAGGAGUUCCUAAAGUCAAAAUUUCAAUCGCCAUAGACCAUACAAACAGGUUUACAGUUAAUGGUUCUGUUGAGAUGCCAGGAUCUGAACCAUCUGCAAUUUCUGUUCAUGGAAUAUGGAUGGCAGAGACUAAUGAUGGACAUGUUGGUUGGUGCGACGAGUUACUGAUUAGAACAUAUGGUCAUACAUUUGGAUACCCUCUUCAGUAAGGAACAAUUAAGUCAUCAUGAUAUCCAAAAUCUACAAGAGAAUAUGUUUCAUAUAGGUUAGUUGAGAAAUUGUA